AUGUCUGCAAAACUUGACACCUCUCUUGACGAGAUCAUCAAUACUACCCGUGCGUCGCGUCGCCAGAAUCGCCGUGACACAAGGCCAUCAAGAGCCAGGGCCACCGCUGCUCCUGUUGGAGGCGUCAAGAAACCAUCCAGACAAGCCAAAACCGCCUCCAAGGCCAUUCCUACCGCACCAUCCACUGGAUCAGGCGAGAGCAAAAUCAUCGUGAGCGGUUUGCCCUCCGAUGUCAAUGAAGCGAAUAUCAAGGUAUGUUGA